CUGGAGGGGCGGCUGCUCUGUGGUGGGUGCACCCGGAAUGCCGCAGCCUGGCAAGAGCGGAGGCCUUAUCGCCUAGUUCUCUGGCAAACGCCUCCCUCUCCAGAGCAAGCCGGGUCGCCAUUCUCUCGCCAUGGGCUUCGGGCCGCGCGGGGCGCUGAGCCUGUUGCUCCUGCUGCUCGCGCCGCUGAGCCGCCCGGCCGCGGGCUGCCCCGCGCCGUGUCGCUGCGCCGGGACGCGAGUGGAUUGCGGGCGCCGCGGUCUGACGUGGGCCUCGCUGCCUGCCGCCUUCCCACCCGACACGACCGAACUGGUGCUGACGGGCAACAACCUGACGGCGUUGCCACCGGGGCUGCUGGAUGCGCUUCCCGCGCUGCGCGCCGCGCAUCUAGGCGCCAACCCCUGGCGCUGUGACUGCCGCCUGGUGCCGCUGCGCGCCUGGCUGGCGGGCCGCCAGGAGCGCGCGCUCUACCGCGACCUGCGCUGCGCAGCGCCCCUCGCGCUUCGAGGCCGCGUGCUGUCCUACCUGGCAGAGGAAGAGCUGCGCGCCGCCUGCGCGCCUGGCGCGCUCUGCUGGGGGGCGCUGGCGGCACAGCUUGUGCUGCUCGGCCUCGGGCUGCUGCACGCACUGCUGCUGGCCCUGCUGCUGUGCCGCCUGCGGAGGCUGCGAGCCAGCGCCCGCGCCGCGCACCGCUGGUCGCUGACCGCCCCGUUGGUGGCGGAACUGGCCGGAGCCAGUGAGUCCUGAGAGGAGCGGACUGGCGUUGAGCGACGCGGGCCUGCCAGCUCGACAGGACCCUGCCCUGAGGAAUCUUUGCCCUAAACUGCACCCGCUCUUUUCUGCCCAGGUCUCAUCUCUCAGGCCCGCCCCCCCUGCAGGCCCCGGUCCAUGGGAGCCCGGCUGCUGCACGCCCACCCCUAGCGCAGCGAGCCCACGCCCUGGAUGCUUAGGCAGGUCCAGGAACCCAACUUCAGCCCAGACCCUGCGCCCCCCCAACUGCAGCGAAGAAUAAACUCCUUCUC